CUUCACACCCGGAAGCCUGAGCGGAGACGGGCCUGCGGGUUGAUUCACGCCGACGCCGCAGUUUUCACGCAGUUCGGGCCGUGCGGAGCAUCGGGACCGGGUCGGACCGGGACGGACGGAGGUGGACCGGGACGCACGGGUCCGGCUCGGCUCGGUUCGGACGCUAUAAUGGACUCCGCGCGCCGCUUCGCCUGCUGCCUGCUGAUCUGCGUCAGUCUGUGGAGCAGCGGGGUGAAAUGUUACCGGAGACCCAACAUCGUCCUGAUCCUCACGGACGACCUGGACCUCACCAUGGGGGGGCUGACGCCGCUGAAGAAAACCCAGCGGCUGAUCGGAGACGCAGGAAUGUCGUUCACCAACGCCUUCGUCGCCAGCCCGCUGUGCUGCCCCAGCCGAGCCAGCAUCCUGACGGGGAAGUACCCCCACAACCACCGCGUGGUCAACAACACGCUGGAGGGCAACUGCAGCAGCGCCGCCUGGCAGAAGAGCGAGGAGCCGAACGUCUUCCCCGCCCUGCUGCGGAGCGCCGCCGGCUACCAGACCUUCUUCGCCGGGAAGUACCUGAACCAGUACGGACGCUCAGCCGCCGGCGGGCUCCAACACGUCCCUCCAGGGUGGAACUACUGGGUCGGACUGGAUCAGGACUCCAGGUACUAUAACUACACUCUGUCAGUGAACGGGAAGCCUCAGAAACACGGAGCAGAUUACAGCAAAGACUACCUGACAGACCUGCUGGCCAACGUGUCUCUGGACUUCCUGCAGUACAAGUCCAGCUACCAGCCCUUCUUCAUGAUGGUGGCCACCCCGGCCCCCCACCACCCCUGGACCCCGGCCCCCCAGUACCAAGACCACUACAACAGCACCAAGGCCCCCAGAGACCCCAACUUCGACCACCACGGGAAGGACAAACACUGGCUCAUCAGACAGGCUAAGACUCCCAUGGCCAACUCCUCAGUCGAGUUCCUGGACACAGCCUUCAGGAAGCGCUGGCAGACGCUGCUGUCAGUGGACGACCUGGUGGAGACCAUCGUGCAGAGGCUGGAGGUCAGAGGUGAACUGGACAACACCUACAUCUUCUUCACCUCCGACAACGGCUACCAUACAGGUCAGUUUUCUCUCCCGAUGGACAAACGUCAGCUGUACGAGUUCGACAUCAGAGUCCCUCUGAUGGUCCGAGGACCGAAGAUCAAACCCAACCAGACCAGCCAGAUGCUGGUGGCCAACGUGGACCUGGGCCCGACCUUCCUGGACAUCGCCGGCUACGACCUCAACAAGACACAGAUGGACGGCAUGUCCUUCCUGCCCAUCCUGCACGGUCAGAUGAACAGCAGCAGCUGGAGAACAGACAUCCUGGUGGAGUAUGAAGGUGAAGGAAGCGACGUGUCGAUCCCGUCCUGCCCCCUGCUGGGCCCCGGACUGUGGUUCUGUUACCCGGACUGUGUGUGUGAAGACGCCUUCAACAACACGUACGCCUGUGUGCGCACCGUCACCCCCUCUGUCAACCUGCAGUACUGCGAGUUUGACGACAACGAGGUGUUCGUGGAGGUCUACAACCUGACGGCUGACCCCUUCCAGCUCAACAACAUCGCCAAGAGCAUCGAGCAGGAAGUCCUGGAGGAGAUGAACCACCGGCUGAUGAUGCUGCAGUCCUGCUCCGGCGCCACGUGCCGGACCGCCGGCGUCUUCGACCCCAGGUACAAGUUCGACCCUCGACAGAUGUUCCAGAGCCACAGCUGGAGGCUGAACAGACGGCGACAGAAGCUGAAGUGACGGGGAGGAGGGAAGGGGGCGGGGCUGGAAGGAGGGGGUGGGGCUACACUUCCUGCCUGUUUCCGGGACUUCCGGCGCCAAACUCUUUUCUACCAAAAGAACGAAGAAGGGAUCAGCUGGUCGGGGGUUACAGUGCGUUCCCAUGGAGACCGGGGGCCUUCCUCAGGUCGCCAAUUCAUCCGGUUUGUCCGUAGAUGUGAGAAAGAGACAACCUGAAGGGAGACGGUCUUCUUUUUGCACUUUGCUCCUUCACAUCACUUUAAAUCAGUCUACAUAUCCAGAUUGUUUCUCUUGGUUCUCAUUAUGUGGAUACGCGAUCAAUUAGUCGACGACCUGUGACGUAGUUCCAGCUGUUGUUGCUUUCCAGCUGCAGUUCGUGACGACUUUGUGCCAAUGAGACGAGCUCGGCGUGACGCGGCUCGUCCAGGUGAAAUUUGCUGUUUGUGUUUCAGCUAACGGCGAAGAAUCUGAUCUGUGAUCGACUCGUUGGACUGAAGGGGGGCCGACGCGUCUGCUGAUGCACUUUCCGAUCAGUCAGAGCAGCCGUGUUGGCGCCGUUAGCUUUCCUUUUCAAGCUCUUUUUGAUGAAUGGUGUUUCCGGUUUGUGUUUUUGUCCAAAUAAAAAGAUUCACUGAGAAGA